AUGGGACAGUCUUCUUCCACAGCACGAAGUUCACCUGACAUUGGCUAUCCGGAUUACCAGACCCCUGCCUCGAUUAUCCCCAACUCCCGGACGCGGAAUGAAGAUAUGAACAACAGACAACAACCUGAACAGAUCGGCGAGGCAGGAACCUCAUCAAUAUUGAACAUGAACCAAAAUAACGAUCAAGAUCCAACAUGGGUCCCUCCGAACGAACUGCCGGACCCUGAACAACAUCACAGUGGAUAUCCUGGAGAAUCUCCGCAUCAAAUGCAAAGUAUUGAAGAUGAGAAUGCUCUUGGUAUUGGCCGAAACGAUCGAGCAGAUUACCGCUCAACAGCUAUUGCACGUAUGGCAGCGAGACGACAGUCCACUAUGUCAAGACUAGGAUCCAGAAUAUUGCCCAAUUCAGUGAUCCGUGGUCUUUUGAGUAGUCAAGAAGAGACCCCUGCAGAGGGGCAUGCACACAGACAUGGCUUGGUAUCAAGAACACCUCCAAGGUCUGAAUCUGCUAAUAGCACUGGACGAUUCAGUCCAUUUAGCGCACUUGGAUCGCGGGGAAUCACUCGUCGUCGUACUACCCGAAGUCCAUAUUCCAUACCUCCGCGUGCGGAGUCUACAGUGAUGGCAGAUUCAGUAAUCGAUCCAUCUUUAGUUGAUAGCUCACCUCAAAAUUUGCCUGAACCUAACCGAACUUCUUGGCGCCGCAGUAAUCGUCUGCAUCGAGUACGGAACUCUAUAUCAUCACCAAUUUCUCAUAUGUUUGGUCAACCCCCACCAGACGUUCCAUACCCUCAUGAUAACGCUUCAUAUCACUCUCCUGGGCCGUCUAUCAGCGAUGGACUACCAAGUGCUAUGGAUACUCGUCUCGAUUUUGGAGAACCCCUGCAUGAAUUGGAUUCAGUUGAGCCAAGCGUGCAGGCUAAUGGAACGACGGGUCCCAGUCAGCCGAAUCCUCAUCUCAUGCGCCGGCUGCCCGGCGUUCUAAGAGCGCGGUCCACCCGAACCUUGCGACGAGAAGAACAGACUCCCCUCUCUCGAGUACUCCAACUUGCCGCGGCUGCAAUUGCCGCUCAACUAUCUGGUGCUAAUGGACCUGCAUUACCGAAUAUUCAAGCAUUGGGAAAUGAUGGUUUGGAUGGAUCAUUGGAAAAUUUCAUUCAGAGCUUACAGAGUGCUACUUCUGCGCCACCACAGCCGGGGGCAUCUGGAGAAGGGCCAAGUACCUCCACAGAUGAAGGACCAUCACCCCCUGUUAAUUUCCUGAGAGUCUUCAGAUUUGCCAACUCCGAUUCUCCUCUUGGAACUAAUCCAUCACUUGGCCGAAACCGCAGCGGCUCCGAACGCGGACCACAGCCUGAUGGAAUGUCAAUUGAUGAGCCUUUAGAGACCGGAGAAGGACGGACGGUUACUCUAGUUGUCGUUGGAGUCAGAUCAGUCCCAGCGGGAAGUGGAGGAAAUCAUGACCACGGAACCCCGGGUCCUGGGGUUACAGGAGGCCCCGGACUUGACGCUCUUCUUGGAAUGCCUUUCCUUCCACCAAAUGCCACUCCACGACCACCUGAGUUGCCCGGUGAUGUUACGCAACGUUCAGAACCACGCCCAAGACUGCAUGUACCACGCGCUGCAGGGUCUUCAGCGUUCCAGGCACCUGGAGUUCCUGAUUUCCUCCGCCACUCAAAUGCGAAUCUCUCUGGUAGACGGUUAUCUGAUGGUAUGCCCCGCACCAGUAUACCAAGCUUCCCUCUAUCUGGUCUAUCUGAAAGUCCUCCGGGCCCUCACCCACCACCCUCAACUCCUGCUGAGCAGGGUCUGUCGGCCGUUUCGUCAGGAACAUCCACACCAAGCCGCAGACCAUCUUCUGCAUCCGCGAUGUCACCCAGUCUCUUGCCCCAGCUCAACGAAAACCAGUCUUUGCAGCCAACUGUGGAAUCUACUGAAGAGUCCAUCCCUCAACCAAACACUGCUGCGAGACAGCGCCGCCGAAGCGACUCCGAAUUUGCUCGCUCCCGUGCCCUCGGCUCUGGAUCAGUCCGUCGCAACGGCGUUGUCGAACCCGAUCAGCCUCCCCCAAGUGGAGGUCGCAGCUGGCUGAUCUACGUUGUUGGAACCAAUCUGUCAGAAAAUCACCCGGCUCUUACAACACCGAGUCUUUUCACCGAUAAUCCUACAUAUGAAGACAUGAUCCUUCUCUCGUCACUCUUGGGCCCAGCCAAGCCUCCAGUUGCCACUCAAGCCGAUGUCAAUUCUGCGGGUGGUUUGUUCCGUCUUGUUGAGUACAGUGGUUCUUUGGUCGCUGAGUCUUUGCAUGGUGCCGGCAAUAUUCAUGUACAGGAUGGAGAGCGUUGUUUGAUCUGCCUAAGUGACUACGAGGUAGCGGAAGAAGUCCGCAAGCUUGUCAAGUGCAAGCAUUUAUUCCACAAGGAUUGUAUUGACCAGUGGUUGACAACUGGUCGAAAUUCAUGUCCUUUAUGCCGAGGGCAGGGUGUGAAUGAAAAUGGUAGCACUAACGAUGGUCCCUCUUCCUCUUCCCCUGAUCAUGCUGCUCCACCUCCAGCCCCCGAAGGUGCAGCGAUUUGA